UGCCUAUAUAUACGUACACUCCCUCAAACAUUACCCAAUUCAUUGCCAACCAUCUUCCCAAUAAACAAAAUGGGUUCACUCCCUCGUGUAGUAGAAGAUUGCAUGGGUGUCCUUCAAGUCCUUAGUGAUGGCACCAUUUUUAGGUCCAAAGAUAUAUACUUCAACAUUCCAGUCAUGAAUGAUCAGUCAGUCAUCUACAAAGACUGCUUAUUUGACAAAACCUACAACCUCCAUCUCCGCCUCUACAAACCCAAAUCCAUAGACACCACAACAAGCCUGCCUAUUGUGUUUUUCAUUCAUGGAGGUGGGUUUUGCUUAGGCUCACGAUCUUGGCCUAAUUGUCACAACUUCUGCGUCCGGCUAGCGUCCGAUCUGAAUGCACUAGUCGUAGCUCCGGACUACCGGUUGGCCCCGGAGCAUAAGCUGCCGGCGGCAAUUGAGGAUGGAAUUAGUGCCAUGAAGUGGGUAAAAGACGAGGGUUUGGGAGAAAAUGGUGAUGCAUGGUUGAAUAUUAAUGAAGUUGACUUUGACCGCGUUUUUAUCGUGGGUGACUCGUCUGGGGGCAAUAUUGCACACCAUUUGGCCGUUCAACUUGGUGCUGGUUCGACCGGGUUAAAGCCAGUUCGGGUUCGAGGUUAUGUGCUUAUAGGACCGUUCUUUGGUGGGAUUGAUAGGACCAAUUCAGAGGAGGGUCCAAGUGAAGCCUUGUUGACUUUGGAUUUACUAGACAGGUUUUGGAGGCUAUGUAUGCCAGUUGGUGUGACUAGAGAUCAUCCAUUGGCGAACCCAUUUGGGCCCACCAGCCCAAAUCUUGAAGAAGUGGGCCUUGACCCAAUCCUAGUCAUUGUAGGUGGAUGUGAAUUGUUGAGAGACAGAGCUGAAGACUAUGCAAGCAAGUUAAAAGAGAUGGGUAAGAAAAUUGAGUAUGUUGAGUUUGAAGGGAAGCAACACGGCUUCUUCACAAAUGAACCCUACUCGGAAAUCUCAAACCAAGUCAUGCAACUCAUUAAAGAUUUCGUAUCUCAGAAUUCUCAUUGAGAUGAUCGAUCUCAAUGAGAAUAUACAAGACCAGAUCGAUGCACUAUUUGAAUCCAUUUUCACAUUCGUUGGAUGUAAAAGUUUGUAUACGAACAUCCGCAUGUGAGAAUUUUAAUAUAUAUAUUUCGUAUCUCAGAAUUCUCAUUGAGAUGAUCGAUCUCAAUGAAAAUAUACAAGACCAGACGCACCGUUUCAGUCCAUUUUCACAUUCGUUGGAUGCAAAAGUCUGUAUACGAGCAUCGGCAUGUGAUAAUUUUAAUAUAUAUAUGUAUGUAUGUAUGAUCUCAACGCAUGUAUGUUAUUGUGAGAAUUUCAAUAUAUAUAUAUAUGAUAUCAAUGCAUGUAUGUUAUUGCGAGGGUUUAGUUAAUUAGGAUAAUUUAAUGGAUUUGAGAGGUGUAUCUUCUUCUGAAUUUUAGUCAAUAUUACUUCUUUGUUGUGUCUUGUGUCACGAUGAGAUAUCAAAUUAAAGCUUGUUAUGUAUAUCGUCAUGGCAUUGGUUCCACGUUUGUAGUGAGUUUAAUUACUUUGUAUUAGUGUUGUGUGAUAAAAGUGUUUGAUUAAUGGACAGAACUUGACUUAAUUGGCUCA